AUGUCUGGGCUCUCUGGAACCGCCAACGGGCCUCAUGCAGCAGUAGCAGCCGGGGAAGAGAAGAGGGCAGACGAAGGCGGGGCGAAUCCGACGAUGAAAACUGGCCGUGAUGAUGAAGAUACAGCAGCAGGCAACGAGACGGAGGACGAGCCAACCGGCCUCUCUCCUGAGCAGGAAGCAGAGCUGCUGGCUGCAGCGAAUGCCCACAAGGCCGAAGCCAAUGCGCACUUUGGCCAUGGCCGGACCGACGCCGCCCUGACGGCGUACGAGGCAGCAGCGGCGGUACUACCGGCGCACCACGACUACGACCUGGCGGUGCUACGGUCCAACAUGGCGGCCUGCCACCUGAAGAUGGAAGCAUGGAAGGAGGCAGUGACAGCGGCGACGCAGGCGCUGGAUGCACUGGAGCGUGAGAAGAGGGAGAAAGAAGGAGGAGAAAAGGAGAAGGAGGAGAAAGAAGGAGACAAAAAAGAGGAGCCAUCUGAGGACGAGGUGGAGGAAGAGAUCAUCAGUGCCGGGGCCAGCAAGGCGGCGCCGAUAGCCAAGGCGGCGUUGACACCAGCUCAAAUGGCAGCUCGCGACCGCGAGCGUAUCCGAGCCAAGGUGCUGCUGCGGCGAGGACGCGCUCGCGCCAUGCUGGGGGGCUGGUCGAACCUGUCGGGUGCCGAGGAGGACUACCGGGCGCUGGCAGCACUGGAGCCCGACAGCACGGCGCUAACGGCGGCCGACCGACGACUGAUACAGACACAGCUGCGGCAGUUGCCAGCUCGGACAAAGGCGGCACAGGAGGCUGAGAUGGGCGAGAUGUGGGGGAAGCUCAAGGAGCUCGGAAACGGGAUCCUUCGGCCGUUUGGCAUGAGCACGGACAACUUCAAGAUGGUCCGGGACGAGAAGACGGGCGGCUACAGCAUGAACUUUCAGCAGGGAUCGUAG